AUGACGAACACACCCCCAGCCUCAGCCUCAUCCUCAUCCUCAUCCACAAUCGACGUAUGCUACUACUUCGACAGAAAAGAGCUGCGGCUGGAAUUCCCCUACGCCGAGCAAGCCACCGCCUACCAAGCCCUCAACCACGAAGGCCGGAUCCUCCCCGACGAGCCGGAAAACGUCUACCUUCCCAUCGGCAGCGGCAUGCAGUAUAUCCGCGACAGCAGCAUUGGCUUGGUGCUGGGGUUCGCCAACAACCCCGACGCAAAGGAGUGGUGCCGCAGGUCGGUGCUGGGCCAUAUACACUCCAGCACCGAGGUGCACUUCCAAUGUCUCUGGGAGGGCAACUCGCUUGACGAGAAGCUGCGGAUUUCGCCAUCUCCAGAGUCGGAGCUGGAGCCGGACGGGUACAUGUCGGAUCCCACCGAGAAACAGCAGGCUAAGGCUGGAGGUCUCAAGUACGCGAUCCCUAGCUCAGGACCGCGCCGUGUCGCGCAGUCGAGUAUGAACGCGGACGACAUAAAAGAGCUAUUGCAGCGUAAUCAUCGCCUCCACCUCGCUUAG